AUGAGUGAAAAUCAAGCCGCACUUAAUAAUGUCUCUUUCGAUGCCUUACCUUUUUUGCCCAAAUCUUUGCAUUCUAGUAUGCUUUGUGCUAUUUUAAUUUGCUCAGACGAUGUAGAUAUUGCAUCUUGUCAUUCUAACGGUUACUUAUACGAAUUAAAAAAUAAAAAUAUACUGGGAAGUAUUUAUGUUCAUGAAAAUGAAAUAACUAAUUUAUCUGUAACGUACUUGUAUGAAAAUAACCUUAAAGUAAAAUAUUACACCAUUUCUACUGGGGACCGUAAACUUGUAAUUGUCAAAAGGCUUGGAUUCCCUCAAAUUGAAAUAAAAUUUCUUGAAUCUUUUAGUGAUGACAUAUUUAAUUUUGCUGAUGAAAGAAUUUCUGAAAAUUAUUUUGAUAGGAAAUGUUUGAAAAAUACUAAAGAUUCAAUUGAAGCUAUUAUUUCUACUAAAGAAAGUUUACAGAUGGUGUAUAUGUCUAUAGAAGAAUUAUUUACUGAAUUCAUUCAGUUAUCAGAAAUUUGCAAUAAUACUAGCAAAAGUUAUUUAGAUAGUUUUAAAAUUUCAAUAAAUGUUGAUAAAACUAUUUUUAGAUUGUGUAAUAAUUCUAAACCUGAAAUUGAAGCAGUUUAUUAUCAGUAUAAAAGUUUUGGAAAGUUUUGGAUUUUUAAAACAAGGAUAGUUAAUCUUAGUGAUAGGUCUUUGGCAAAUUUCCAUCUUGUAAUCCGCCAUGAAAAACUUAUAAAAUAUAAUUAUUGUUUUUUUGAAAUGCCUGACAUUGCAAAAUGGCCUUCUCAAGUUCAUAAUAUUAUUAAUCCAAAUGAAGAACUAUUAAUUGUUGGCGUGGCGCAAUUUUCUGAAUUUGAUGUAGAAUCAAAAAUUUCAGUUGAAUGCUUGCUAAGCUACUCAAAUGGGGAUAAAUUAAGUUUGUGUAAACAUGAUAUAGAAAUAUUGUGUGCAUUUAACGAAAAUAAAAGUAUAUUUGAAGGUAGUUUUUUACAAAAAGUUUUACAUAAUUAA